UGAGCUUCUCUCAACUCAUCGGUUCUGCAACUACUUGCGUCUGAGCACACUGUACUGUAGGAUAAUGUGCAUGGAGAGUUAGUGGUGAUCAAAAUGCCUGAAGCAGUUCUCCUGCACAGCUCUUCAGUCAGUUUGCCAGGGCUUGUUUGACAACAACACAGAAAUAGACCUACAGCCCUGCGCCCAUGACGUCAUUCCGGAGAUAAGGUUCUUCUAGCUAAAUCAAGUGCGACUCCAGCACGGCUUCAGUCAGUGCAAACAUGUCCCGCUGUUGUUAGGCUCAACGAGAUAAUUGGAAGUAUAAGUCCAACUGAACCAGGAACUUAAGUCGGUGACACAUCUAUCCUUCUCGUUCUGGUGCAGCAUGGUCAGGCAGUGAACUGUCUGAAAUGUCCCUGCCGAAGAUCACACGUCUCCCCUCGGCGAGGCUGCUGGGCUCCAUCCAGCACCACUGCCAGCAGCUGCUCCUCUCCCCCUCCAUCACUCCUCUUGCUGUACCCAGAAGAGCUAUUCAGAGUGAAUACAGACGACCCGGCAAGCCCAAAGAAGACAAGUUUCCAUGGCAGAAGAUUGACUUCAGCUUCUCAAAAGGUUUAGAGGGGAUAAAGAAGAACUUCGCGCUGUUGAAAAAGGAGUUUUCUGACCGUUGGGUUGGUCCAGAAGGCAAACCCCUCAUAGAGCACAUGUUGGAGCAGACCAGAGUGAUAUGGGAGUUCAGAGGUCCAGAGAACCUGGAGCAGUGGGUGGUGUCCUCAGAUAGUGAGAUCGGAGGACAAAGUGAAGCUUACUUGAAGCUUAGCAAAAACAAUAAUACGCUUUUUCUGUACGGGACUCUGAACUCUACUCCUCCAAGAGAUGGAGAAACACGCUACAGUGGCUACUGCACCUUACGCUCAAAGCAACCACUGGCUUCCUUUGAUAGAAAAAAGUACUACGACUGGACCAAUUUCAACACCCUGCAUUUGCGAUUGCGUGGCGAUGGCCGUCCGUGGAUGAUCAACAUCACAACAGAAUCGUACUACUCUCACAUGAAAGAUGACAUCUACUCGUAUUUCCUGUACACCAGGGGAGGACCCUACUGGCAGGAUGUCAAGAUACCUUUCUCCAAGUUCUUCCUUACACACCGUGGGAGGAUACAAGAUGAUCAGCAUCCUGUCUGGCUGGACAAGAUAAACACCAUUGGAUUUACUUUGGGAGACAAAGCUGACGGUCCGUUCCAGUUGGAGAUUGAUUUCAUUGGCGUCUCCAAAGACUAUGCACACACUGAGGAGUUUGCUUAUGAGCUGUACAAGAGGAAUCCCGAAGUCUGAGAUGCUAUUUGGAGAUGAACUGUAUACUGAAACUGCCAUCCAUUUACCUGGAAAUGCUGUAACAUGAUGUACAUCUGGAGUUUAAUACUUUAAACUUCAACUCUGAGACAUUUCUUAUCUGCUAAAUUUGGCUCAAAGCCCUGAGUCAGAAUUUUUCUGAUAUUAAAACAAGCAAUUAUGCUCAAGUCAGGACUUUUAGGACCAUUCUUUCUGCUCCAAGUCCAAGAUGCCUUCCUCCAAAGAAAUAAUGUAAACCAACCAGAUCUUAAUCAACAAUAAAAAUAUUCUUCAUGUGAAUGAUCAAAUUGUUGGGUAGACUUACUCAAAUCAUGAUUGCGCACAAAUGUUAAUGCUUGUAUUUUGGAAAAGAUGCAAUAAAAAACAAACAGACAAGGAA